CCCACCGUAUCACCCUAGGCCCGAGCAAGUCUGUCUUGUUGUCGCUAGUGGGUUUACUGUUCGCUACUCGUCCUUCGCUCGUUGUUGCGGUUUCUGUUACAUAUCUUGUCUUUCUCUUCGCUGCCCAUCAUGGGCCUACUCCGCGGCCUCAUCGAGAGCGUCGUCGAUAACGCCCUUACAGUCAUUUACACAGUAACAAGUACUCUGACACAGAGAAAUACCAACGGCCUUUCGCUCCUAGGGACCCUAUUAGCCCCCGCCUUGCCUCUAUUCCUGACAAACAAUCCACUGCCAAACGGGUAUCCAUGGGGCAAGCUAACCGACUGGGGGAAUAACCCAUACACUGAAUAUCCCAAGACUGGGGUAGUCAGACACUACGAGUUCACUGUGAGCCGGGGGUAUGUCGCCCCGGAUGGGUACCUGCGGGACGUCCUUCUCGUCAACGGGGCUUUCCCUGGGCCUCUGAUCGAGGCGAACUGGGGCGACACGGUCAUCGUGAAGGUGCACAACAACAUCACAGGUCCAGAGGAGGGCACAUCCAUUCACUGGCACGGCUUUCUGCAGCACGAGACACCCUGGGAAGACGGCGCCCCGGGCAUCUCGCAGUGCCCCGUCCCGCCGAGUAGAAGCUAUACUUACGAGUUCAUUGCCAGCCUGUACGGCACGAGUUGGUACCAUGCCCACUACUCGGCCCAAUAUUCCGGCGGCGUCCUUGGCCCCAUUGUCGUUCACGGGCCUAGCCAAGAGAAGUACGACGUGGACCUCGGUCCAAUCCUGCUCAGUGAUUGGUAUCACAAGGAGUACUUCGAUAUCAUUGAGGAAAUGCUGGCUCCCAAUGGCAGCCCCAAAGUGACCUCCGACAAUAACCUAAUCAGCGGCAAGAUGAACUUUGACUGCUCGACUGUGGAUCCGGGGGAUACGACUCCAUGCACCAACAACGCCGGCAUCUCUAAGUUCAAGUUCAAAACGGGCAAGAGGCACAGGCUGCGCCUAGUUAACACAGGCGGCGACGGUGUCCAGCGCUUCUCCAUCGACGAACACAUGCUUACGGUCAUCGCCGAGGACUUUGUGCCAGUCAAGCCAUACAACACCUCGGUAGUCACGCUAGGUGUUGGCCAGCGCGCAGACGUGCUCGUCACAGCCAACGUCGGCAAACCCAACUCGGCUUUCUGGAUGCGGUCCAGCCUAACCACAUGCUCUCCAUCGCGGCAGCCCAACGCCAUAGCGGCCGUCUACUACGACCGGGCCGACACGUCCAAGACGCCGUCCAGCAAGGCCUGGAACAUCCCGAACGCCGACAUCUGCGCCAACGAGGACCUCAGCAUCACCGAACCGCUGUACCCGAUCCCGCUGCCCAAACCCACCCUCACACAAAACAUGGACAUCGAGCUCUACAAGAACGCCUCCAACGUGACGCUGUGGAAGUUCAACGGCGUAUCGAUGCGCACCGACUACAACAACCCGGUCCUCCUGCUCGCCAACGACGGCAACUUCACCUACCCGGCCGAGUGGAACGUCGUCAACUACCGCAAGCACACAUCGAUCCGCAUCAUCGUCAACAACAAAGGCCCCGUUUCCCACCCCAUGCAUCUCCACGGCCACAACUUCUUCGUCCUGCACGAGGGCCCGGGCGCCUGGGACGGCACCAUCGUCCGCCCGUCCAACCCCCACAGACGCGACGUCCACCUCGUGCGCGGCAACGGUCAUCUCGUCAUCCAGAUCGACGGUGCGCCAGGCAUCUGGGCCUUCCACUGCCACAUCGCCUGGCACGCGUCCGGCGGCUUCCUCGCGUCGCUGAUUAUCGAGCCUGACAAGGUCGAGCGCAUGCAUAUCCCGCACGACGUGGAGAAGAACUGUCGGGCAUGGGAUAUGUGGUCCAAGUAUAACAUUGUUGAUCAGAUUGACAGCGGGACAUAACGAGGGGUGUGGUGAUGAUGGGGUGGUAGGUGGUAAAUUGCAG